AUGCUGCGCCUCCGCCCGGCCAUCCGCGCCUUCGCCACGAAGAAGCUGAACCUCAACGCCGAUUUAGGAGAAGGCUUCGGCCCCUGGCGCCUGACUGAUGAUGCUGCGCUCAUGGAGCUCGUCACGAGCGCGAACGUCGCGUGCGGCGGCCACGCCGGCGACGCGGCGACCAUGGUUCAUGCGUGCGCCCUGGCGGCUGACCGGGGUGUGAGUAUAGGUGCGCAUCCCGGCUACGACGACAAGCCGGGUUUUGGUAGGCGCGUCAUACCCUUGAGCAUGGACGAGGUCGAGGAGCUCGUCGCUUCACAAGUUGGGGCGCUGCGUACCGAAGCGGCGUCCUUGAAGCGUUGGGGUUGCAUCGAAUAGCGUCACGCAGGCGGCGCGGCGCGGCUCGCGCGCGCGAGGAGCGACGUCCAUGUAGAUGUGACGCACGUCAAGCCCCACGGCGCCCUGAACAACGUGGCCUGCGUCGACGCCGCCGUCGCGGCGGCGAUCUGCCGCGCGAUUCAGGCGAUCGACGCCUCGUUGAUCGUCCUCGCGCCGGCGGGCUCGGAGUUGCUGCGAGCGGCGGAGGCUCACGAGUUGCCGGCGGCGGCCGAGGUCUUCGCGGACCGGGGCUACCUCGCCGACGGGACGCUCGCGCCGCGGAGUUUGGAAGGGGCGCUCAUCGCCGACGCGGACGAGGCUGCGGCGAACGCCGUGCGGCUGGCGCGCGGCGAGCCCGUCCGGGCGCUGGACACGGGCGGGGACGUCGUUUUGAAGGCGGACUCGGUCUGCGUCCACGGCGACAAGCCGUCGGCCGUCGCGCAGGCUAAAGCGGUGCGCGACGCGCUCGUGGCCGCGGGCUUCGAGCUCGUGGGGCUGCCCGAGGUUGUGGCGUAAUGUUGUUGUGAGUAGUGGCUGGCUGUUCUGGACCGAGGCCGCGCAUUCCUUGAUUCUUUCCUGGACUCUAGAGUACGCAUGGUAGCGCAUCCUCGCCGAGGGCGGGCAAAUGGGCGACGCGGGGCGCUUCGAAGCGCCCGUGCCCGACGAGGUGCCCAAGAUCGAGAUGCGGAAGGUCGGCGACGCGCGCGUCUCGCCGCUGCACUACGGCGACGACGCCGCGGAGGGCGUCUGA